CCAUCUGCCUCGACCUAGCCGGGAGAAGCGCAGCCAGCCAAGAAGAAGCUCAGACUCUGCCCUCGAUCCAGCGCCGCCACCGCGACGGCGGCAAAGGAGACAACCCUCGUCGGUCCGGCGCCAACAAUCUUCGAUCGAGACAAAGCCUAGCCACGCCCAUUGCCGCGUCCCUUCGCCAUGUCUUCCGCGCAGCUCGUCCGCCACUCCCGCAAGCUGCGGGGUUUAUACAAUGCUCUAGACUCUGAGCGUUCUGGUAUUGUGCGCUACUUCUCCGCUGCUUCUGGUUCCUUACCCACAAAGGGAAAUGGUGUUGAGAAAAGAAUUGGAGGUGCCAGAUGCCCUCAGUGCCAGCAACCUGGGAAAGAGCUCGAGAGGUCCAAGGUGUCACUAGGAGGACUAAAUGGAAGCUACAUUUUGAAAACAUCACCUAGAAACUGUAUGCUGAACAUUAUUAUUGGUCCCAACAGUUCGUUGUCGUGUGGACAAGUGGCUUCAGCAAGAUCUUUCUCAACCAGUACAGGCCUGCCACCACAUCAGGAAAUAGGGAUGCCAUCACUCUCUCCUACAAUGACUGAGGGGAACAUUGCAAGAUGGCUGAAGAAGGAAGGCGAUAAGGUCUCACCUGGUGAAGUUCUCUGCGAAGUAGAGACGGAUAAAGCUACCGUAGAAAUGGAGUGCAUGGAAGAGGGCUAUCUUGCUAAGAUCAUUCAUGGAGAUGGUGCCAAAGAGAUCAAAGUUGGCGAGAUUAUUGCUGUAACCGUAGAAGAAGAGGGUGACAUUGAGAAGUUUAAGGAUUAUAAACCUUCAACUUCAGCUUCAGCUGCACCAGUCGCUCCUUCUGAACCUACAGAGCCUACAGAGCCAAAGGUUGAGGAGAAAGAGAUUCCUAAGGCACCUGAGCCAAAGGCCCCAAAGACCAAAGAAGCUUCGCGACCAGGAGAUCGAAUAUUCUCCAGCCCUCUAGCUAGAAAACUGGCGGAAGACAACAAUGUCCCACUGUCGAGUGUAAAGGGAACUGGUCCUGAUGGGCGUAUUUUGAAGGCGGACGUUGAAGAUUACUUGGCUAAGGGUGGCAGAAAGGAAGCUCUUGUGGCUCCAGGGCUAAGUUACACUGAUGUUCCCAAUACACAGAUAAGAAAGGUUACCGCAAACCGCCUGCUAAGCUCCAAGCAAACAAUUCCACAUUAUUACUUGACAGUUGACACACGUGUUGAUAACCUUAUCAAGUUGCGAGGGGAACUGAAUCCAGUGCAGGAGUCUUCUGGUGGUAAGAAGAUAUCUAUUAAUGAUCUUGUUAUAAAGGCUGCAGCUCUGGCUCUUCGAAAGGUCCCUCAGUGUAAUAGCUCCUGGAUGAAUGAUUUUAUCCGCCAAUACCACAACGUGAAUAUCAAUAUCGCUGUACAGACUGAGCAUGGACUGUUUGUUCCAGUAAUUAGGGACGCAGACAAGAAGGGACUUGGUGCAAUUGCUGAGGAGGUGAAGCAGUUGGCUCAAAGAUCAAGGGACAACAGCUUGAAACCAGAAGAUUAUGAGGGAGGUACAUUCACCAUAUCAAACUUGGGAGGUCCCUUUGGAAUUAAACAAUUUUGUGCCAUCAUUAAUCCUCCCCAGUCUGCAAUCUUGGCCAUUGGUUCUGCUGAGCAGAGGGUGAUACCUGGCAGCACCAAUGGUCAAUAUGAGUUUGGUUCCUUUAUGUCGGCAACAAUGAGCUGUGAUCACAGAGUUAUUGAUGGUGCAAUUGGUGCAGAAUUUCUGAAAGCAUUCAAGGGCUAUAUCGAGAAUCCAACUUCAAUGUUAUUGUGAAGUUAAAGAUCAUCAAAAGUUGUUAUUGUGAUGUGCUCAAACAAUGCACACACCGGUGAAGUAUCAUUUUGUAUAAUUCCAGCAUGGUCACGAACAACUGAAGCACAUAGACAUACAUCAACCUGGUUUUUGGAUUAUAAGCCUCUGUUAUUUUUCUUGUUCGUUCCGUUCCAGUUACACUGGGAAUAGGAUCUACUUAUAAGCCUUUUUAGCCCAUUUUUGUGGGUGAGAGAUCCCGGGAAACCAUGCAGUAUAGCCUUUUGUACGAUUUGCUCCCCCCCCCCCCUCUUUUUUUUUCAUUUUAGU